AUGAUGGAUUAUCAGAUACAUGAAUUCAGAAUACCUUUGCCUAUCUCCGUUGAAGAAUAUCAUAUAGGGCAGCUCUAUGCCGUCGCAGAAGCAAGCAAGAACGAAACGGGAGGUGGGGAAGGAAUUGAAGUUCUAGAAAACGCACCCCUUGACCACGAAAAGUACGGUAAAUGUCAGUACACCCAUAAAGUUUUCCAUUUGGCAAGUAAAGUGCCAGGAUUUGUUCGUCUUUUAGCGCCAAAAGGUUCUUUAGAAAUUCACGAGAAAGCGUGGAAUGCUUAUCCGUAUUGUAGAACGGAAUAUUCUAACCCCGACUAUAUGAAGGAUGACUUCUUUAUUAAAAUCGAUACUUGGCACAUGGAAGGAAUUCGUGACAAGGACAAUGUUCACGAACUCAAACGAGAUGAGUUGCAGAAGAGAGAGUUCGUCGAUAUAGAGAUAUCUGAUAAUACAGUCAUUUCUUCUGCUGAUUACAAAGAGGACGAAGAUCCUGCCAAAUUCAAGUCAGAGAAGACCGGCCGAGGACCACUCACUUCCCCGGACUGGACGAAAAGCCAGGAUUAUCCAAAAAUGACGUGCUAUAAGUUGUAUCGCUAUAAAUUUAAGUGGUGGGGUUUACAGACAAGAGUAGAGAAGAUAAUCUUCAGAGCUGUUAGACGCCUUCUUACCAACUUCCAUCGCCAGUUAUUCUGUUGGAUCGAUAAGUGGUUCGGAAUGACAAUUGAAGACAUCAGGGCGCUCGAGGACAAGACUAAACGAGAUUUAGAUGAGAUGAGAAAUAAGGGCGAAGUGAAAGGAAUGACAGAGAAGUAA